CAAAUCUGCGAGACGGAGGGAAGCGUUUUGUACUCUGUUUCUUCGACUUUCUGCUGAUUUUCUCCUUUUCCCUGCCGCACUGGCCACCUGAGCCAUGAAGGACGAAGGCUGGCAACUAUGGACGGCGGCCUGGGGAGCCUCGCUUUUCGUUUUGUUUUAUUUAGGUUUCUUGCGGCGUGUUACUGGUGCGGCUGGCAUUGUUUUUCACCGCCGGCGGCCGGGCCGCUUCGAAAAAUCUUGGAGUCCUCCCGUGGAAGCGUGGUCCCCCAGACUAUCUGGAUUUCCUCUAAAGGUCUGCGUGCACUUGGCCAAUACAGCUUUUGGACAACUUUUUUUAGUGCCAUUUUUAAUGCGGAUGAACAAUUUUACUGCUCUACGCUACCUUGAUAUUCCUGAAGAUCCUACUUUUUUGCCAUUGGUGGUUUCAGAAAAAAAAGAGCACAAGUCAGAAUCAAAAAAUGUCUCAGCAGUUCUCCAGAGUUUGAUGGAAUCAAGUUCAUGUUCUGCAAGUUCUGCUUUCAGAUUUAAAAGGAUUCAGGAUUACUUGAAAUGCUAUAGAUCUGGAGAGAUAACACCCCAACAAGUUGCCAAGAACAUUAUUACUGCUCUGAAAGAAGAUGGGAAAGCAGGUCCUAACCUCCAGGCAAUUGCUCAGUGGAAUGAGGAAGAGAUAAUCAAGAUGGCUGAGGAAUCCACAGCUCGUUACAGAAGCAAACAGCCUCUCUCACUCUUGGAUGGAAUUCCAGUGUGCUUAAAAGAAGAAAUUAAAGUGGUGCCCUAUCACCAUCGAAGUGGAACUGUAUACUUGGGCAAAAAGCCGGAGACUGAAGAUGCCACUGUGACAAAGAAACUACGGGAGGCUGGUGCCAUUAUCAUUGGUGUCUCGAACAUGCAUGAAUUGGGUAUUGGGACCACUGGAUGUAAUCCCAAUAGAUAUCAUGGUACAACUAGAAAUCCAUACAAUCCCCAGCAUUUUACUGGUGGUAGUUCUAGUGGAUCAGCAGCAGCAGUGGCUGCAGGCCUCUGUCCACUGGCUGUUGGUACAGAUGGUGGUGGUUCAGUGAGAAUCCCAGCUUCUUUUUGUGGUAUUGUGGGACUGAAAGGUACAUUUGGACGGAUCAGUGGAUUUGGGUGUCAUCCUCUUUCAUAUUCUACUGUUGGACUUGGCCCUCUCUGCACUUCAGUUACAGAUGCUGCUAUUGCUUAUGCUACCUUGGCUGGGUCAGAUUUACAGUAUCCAUAUGGAUUGCACCAACCUGAACCAUCCUUCUCAGAAAACGUUAACACUAAUCUGAAUGGUUUAAAAUUGGGAAUUGAUUGGAGUUUCUUUAAGGCAUGUGAUUCUGAAAUCUUAGCUGUCUGCCAAAAAGCAGUGGAGUUCCUAGUGGACUUAGGAGCCUCAGUAGUUGAAGUAUCUUUGCCAGAGAUAGAAGAGGCUCGUGUGGCUCAUGUAAUCUGCAUUCUCAGUGAAAUGAGAGAUUUCCUGCAGCCUGACUUCAACAAUCAGUUUGAACAAAUGAAUUUGGAGACUCGUUUGAACCUUGCAAUUGCUUCUCAAAUUACAGCCCUGGACUAUAUUAAGGCAAAUCGGCAGCGGAGUCGAAGCAUGGCUUCCCUCAAAGAGAUAUUUUCAAAGGUGAAUUGUCUCCUUACACCAGGUACUGCAUGCUGUGCACCAGUAAUCCAUGAAUCAGACCUCCUGACUGGAUGUAGUGAUGUUCAGACAACUCUACGGACCAUGAAAUACAUGCAGUUGGCCAACUUGACAGGCAUUCCAGCCCUAGUGGUACCAGUUGGAUAUACAAUUUCAGGGCUUCCCAUCAGUUUACAAAUGAUGACCAAGUGGUGGAAUGAAGCGUUGCUGUUCCAAAUAGGCCUGAAACUGGAGCAAUUUCAUGGUACACUGGCAAAACCAAUAAUUUACUAUGAUAUUCUGAGAUAAUAUGGCUAGCUUCAAAAUUCCUUAACACUUCCAGUUCCAAUACAGUUGUCUGUUUAAAGUAUAAAUGGCUUAAGGGAUGACAGUUAGAAAGGUCUUCAGGACAGAUUCACAAG